UUUUGUUUGAAGUGAACUGCUGCCUGGGACUGCCCUACAAGCUGCAAAGUCGCCAAGCAUUUUGAUUUUAACAGUAUAUUUUUCACAUUUCCUCCAUAUUGUUUCAGUGCCUCUAUGCAUCGUAGAGACGAUGUUAGGCCACCACUACCCAAAUGCCGACAAGUCGCAACAACUGGUCAACUAUGUGGAGGAUUAUCUGGAAUGUGUGGAGUCCCUGCCUUUGGACAUACAAAGAAAUGUUUCUCUGCUUCGAGAAAUUGAUGCAAAGUAUCAAGAGGUGCUAAAGGAGGUGGAUGAAGUCUUUGAGAAAUACAAAGCUGAGCAGGAUGCGGCUCAGAGAAAGCGGCUGCAGAUCCAGCUGCAGAGAGCGCUCAUCAUCAGCCAGGAGCUGGGCGACGAGAAGAUCCACGUAGUGACCCAGAUGACGGAGCUGGUUGAGAACCGCUCCCGCCAGAUGGACUCCCACUCCCUCUGCCUCCAGGAGCCAAGCGAGGCAGAGCGCCUCACUACGGAACGGCGCUCCAGUGUCCAAGACUCCCCGGCGCCCGAACGCACCUCAGCCCGUCGCCCGCGACGCCAGCGCAACAGCGAGAGCCGAGACUCGAGCCACCCAUCGGCCAACGGCUCCCUGGUGGACGACCCCGCGGAGGAGCUGUCCAUCCCCCCGCCCCGGGAGAAGAAGUCAAAGUCUGCGAAGAAGAAGAAACGCAAGGCCAAACAGGAGCGAGACGCCUCGCCGGUCGACUUCGCCAUCGACCCCAACGAGCCCACAUACUGCCUCUGUGAGCAGGUGUCGUACGGCGAGAUGAUCGGCUGCGAUAACGACCAGUGCCCCAUCGAGUGGUUCCACUUCUCCUGUGUGGGGCUGACCUACAAGCCCAAGGGCAAGUGGUACUGCCCCAAAUGCAGAGGGGACAACGAAAAGACCAUGGACAAAAGCCUAGACAAAAACAGAAAAGACCGCAGAUCCAGGUAGUGACCAGUCUCUCGUCUGGAAGCCUGAGGGUUCAGAUCAGCUGUAGUUGAUAACAGUACUCGUGAUGUUGUAAGAGCACAAUCGAACACCAUUAGUAGCAGUGCUUAUUAUUAAUCAAGGACAAGUUGUGAUUGAACUUGUGCUGUUCCAUCACUGACUCUUCCCACUGGCUACAGCUGUACUUCAGCCAGUGGGGAGUCCAGCUGCUGCAAGAAUCAUCAGCUUGGAGCGGCCAUCUUCCUCAAGUUCUGCUUUUUGUGAGACCUUUCUUUUUCUUUUGACUUUUAAGAGAAACUGAAAGCAUCUUUUGGUUUAUUGCCCCUUUUCAUUCUGGACAAUUAAAAAAA